AUGGCGAAAUCGUGUUGGGAUUGUAUAUUCGGGGGAGCGCGCAUAGAAGAAGCCUCCAGUGUCCAUCUGAACUCGUACACACACCAGGCGCCUCCUUGGCCAGAGGCCAAGUACAAGAAUGAGAAGAUGUUUAUUUUACCUAAGAUAUUAAGUACAAAUGACACAGUUAUGAUAACAGGCACGACAUUCGACCAACGGGAACGGUUGUCGAUCAAUUUAAUAACUGGAUCGGAGUCAGCAGAUCGUUUAAAUAUUGCCUGUCAACUGGACAUACAUUUUAAUGACCCAGUUAAAAUAUCAGUACAAGUUGUAAAGAAUGGACAAGCUAAACCUGUAAAUGAUGAAAAAGCUUCUACAAUUUCUUUUGAACGGAGUGACGAUCCUUUAUCUUUCCAAGUAAUGUUUAAAGUGAGAUCAGAAGAAAUAAUGGACAUAUUUGUAGGCCCAUUUAAGGAUAUACAAAAAGUACAAAGUGUUGAAUUGCAGCAUCAUCUAAAAGAAAUUAAAUUCUUAACAGUUCUUGUUCAUGAAAGACGUAUGUACCAUUAUUACGUUCUUUAUUGGCAUUUACGAGGAACUCAACGCAAGGAAGGAAAAUAUUUUGUGUCUAUAGGGUCUUCAUAUAAGAUGCUAGUGAAGAAGAAACCUAAAGACGGAAGGCGCGGUGAAGACCCAUACAAUAUCCAGCUAAACGGGAACACAAUCCGGGCUCCUCCUUGGCCAAAACCGCAACUUAAGAACGAGAAAAUGUUUGUGUUACCGAAGAAAUUGGGUGUCCAUGAUACAAUUGGUAUAUGGGGAAUCACAUUCGAGCAACGACAACGAUUGACAAUUAGUCUAAUCACUGGAUUUCAAUCACCAGAUUAUUUAAAUGUUGCCUGUCAAUUGGACAUAAACUUUUAUGAUCCAAAUAAAAUACUUGUACAGGUUAUACAGAAUGGAUAUGCUGAGACUGUUAAUGACGAAUAUGCAGCUACUGAUUUUUUUUCAGAUCCACAAUCAUUUGAAGUGAAGUUUAGAGUGAGAUCAGAAGAAAUAGUGGAUGUGUUCGUUGGUACAUCACAUUUAGAAAGUGUUGAACUGAAACAUGAUAUAAAUGAGAUCCGGUUCUUAAUUGUUCAUGGUGAUGUUGAAAGAGUGUCAAGACUUGAUUUCAAUUUUGCUUAA